AUGGCGGUCUCAAUUCGCCCAGAUCUGACCUCCAGAAUCUACCCGGAGGCCGACCCAACAUGCUGCUCCAUCACCCUCGCCGCCGGGAUCGACCACUUCGACCGCCUCCCGGACUCCCUCCUCAUCCUCGUCUUCAACAAAAUCGGCGACGUCAAGGCCCUGGGGCGCUGCUGCGUCGUCUCCCGCAGGUUCCACUCUCUCGUCCCGCAGGUAGAGAGCGUCGUCGUCCGGGUCGACUGCGUUAUCUCCGACGACGACACAUCCAACUCCUCUUCCUCCGACAAGUCCCGCUCAUCGGCUUCCUCCUCCGGCUUCUCCUCCAUUUUCCGGAUGGUCUUCGGCGGCAUUGUCAAGCCGUUCCAGGCUCUGGGUCAGUUGCUGGGUCCCAAGCGCGAGAUUCAGGCCUCCUCUUACGCCUCCAGGAACGGGCCUCUCUCCGUCGGCAGCAGCGGCGGCGGAAACGACGACGACGCCGGCGAGAUGGACCAAGGCGGCGUCACCCACCACUCCCCUACGCAGGUUCUUAAGAAUUUCAACGAGAUUCGUUUCUUAAGAAUCGAGUUACCCAGUGGGGAGCUAGGGAUCGACGAUGGCGUGCUCUUGAAAUGGAGGGCCGAUUUCGGAUCUACCCUCGACAAUUGCGUUAUCCUCGGCGCUGCCUCCGUCAUCAACAACGGCCAUUCUAAGCAAUUCACGGCAUCUCCAGAUCCUCCCGUCGCCACUACCGAUUUAGUUUGCGCCAAUGCAGGGGGAGAUGAUAACGGGAGCAUACCGGAAUCUUUCUACACAAACGGCGGCCUGAAGCUCAGAGUCGUCUGGACGAUUAGCUCUCUAAUCGCCGCCUCGGCGAGGCACUACUUGCUUCAGCCCAUAAUCGCCGAGCACAAGACGCUGAACAGCUUGGUGUUGACCGAUGCGGAUGGUCAAGGCGUGCUGUGCAUGAACAGGGAUCAGCUGGAAGAGCUGCGGGUGAAGCCAUUGUCGGCUUCCUCUGCUUCCAAAAGGACACUUGUCCCUGCUCUCAACAUGCGGCUGUGGUAUGCCCCCCACUUGGAAUUGCCCAAUGGAGUCGUUCUGAAAGGUGCCACUCUGGUCGCGAUUAGACCCAGCGAGCAGACCUCGGCAAAGAAGGAAGUUUGUGAUCUGUCGUGGGUCUCCACAGCUUUCGAGGAGCCUUAUGGUACUGCGGCGAAGAUGCUUGUCAAGCGGAGGACUUACUGCUUGGAGAUGAACUCUUUCUAA